AUGUCGCGCCAAAUUCACGGAUCAGUCUCCUCACACGACCGCAACGGCUCUUCAGCGCUUGAGGCAGACCAAAUCGAUCACAAUGACCUCGGGUAUGCCUACAAGUCUCUCGAAAAGUCGCUCAGCUCCUGCAACGAUUGGGAGCGCCUCAACGAGCCAAUUGUCGAUCGCGACCACAUCUUCCUUGGCCUUCCACAUGUACAGGCUAGCCCCCAGUACCCCUGUCAGAUCAAUCCCUGGAACGCCAUCGCCUUCGAUGUCUAUCGCCAUGGGGAAUCCAACCCUGAAGCCGGAAUCUACGACGGAUCGUUGACCUUUCCUUAUGGUGGGAUAGAGCCGGAGCCCGCCUUCCCAAUAGCCCCGAUGGCACCCGUCUGGGACUUCAACGGAGGCCAGGACUUCAAUCAGUCAAGCAUGUUCAUCACGCCGGGCGCUCAGCCGAUCCCAGCGUCCUUUCCAGCAAUGGUCUCAGCCCCGCCAGCCCCGGCCCCUGCUCCUGCUCCUGCUGCAGCAAACCGCAUCCACUGUCCACAUGGAUGUCCAGCAACCUUUGGUCGCGGCGGAGAGUAUCGUCGCCACAUGAUGAAUCACGAGCGCCCCAGGUAUAGAUGCCCCAUGGUCGAUUGCCCCAAGACGUUCUCUCGCGCAGACAAGCUUCGCGAUCAUGCCAAGAAGGGCCACGGAGGUCGCAACCCUUUGAACCUCUAG